AUGGAGGAAGAGAACGAUAUGGACCAAGCACAUGGGUCAGCAAGAGGAACAUCGAAACCAUGGAAGAAGCACGAGGAUCGGUGCCACCUCCGCUUUACCGCCCGAACCAAUAAGCCAUUCAUCCUGGAGAGAUCGGAGUAUGAAACCUAUCGCGGCCACAUCAGGGAGGGAGCUGAAGAGUGCUAUGUGUCAUUUCCAGGCCGAUAUGUAUCCGGGUGGGAUGCUUUGACAAGCGAGAGGCAAAACUACAGCGUGGCUUGCCUUUUUCUGUGCACUCCUGAGGAUGGCCUUGGCCAACAUUACCGUGAAGAAGCCUCUGGCCCCUGCCUGUGCCAUACAAUUUAUGGAGAACGCAGCUUCUUCAGUUACUUGCUCGUUCUGCCAGGCACAUUGACCGAUGAUGAGGUCACAAGGAGAAGAGAAAUUGCAAAACACGUAAAAGCGGUGGUGAUCCGUGAAGAUGCAACCCCAGAGGCCAGACAGCUGGCUGAAGAGGAAGCAAGAAAAACUUGGAAUGAGAAUGGUAGAGUUGCUUCUUGGGGAUGUCAGGGGUUCCAGGACUGGAAAGAGAACGUGGAGGAGGCCGUCAAGUUGAAACAGAGGCUCAAGGUGGUUUUUUUUCCUGGCCAGGUGGGACAGGGCAAAGUGGCAUGGGAAGAUUUGAGACACGAACUUGACCUUUGGGACGACAUAGGCUGUGAAGGCGACCAAAAGUGCGAAAUUGCUUAUUUAGAUAAGAUGUGGAAGGAAAAAGGGGAUGACUGGGCUUACGACUCCGUGGAUGUGACAGAUUUCCUGAAGGAUGAAUUCAAAGUUGGAGGGGACGUCGACGCCUUUGACGGGCAACAGUGGUGGAACGGCACUUUGCUUGGAGUGCCAAAGACGGUCCCGAAAGAUCCUAGAGAUGCAAAGUGGGUGGUUCAAUCCCAGGACUCCAAGUCUCGAAAACUCUGGAGUUCAUCUUCCCAAACGGCACGCCUUCGUUGGCAAUGA